AUGUCGUCCAUCACCGCCCUAGUCACUCCGCCACGUCCCUCCACGCAUCAGCGCUACGACUCUAACUCGUCUGCUCGAAGUCUACAGCGCCCUCGCGUCCAGCCGAACUCUGAUCUCGACCGCCAGAAUACGCAAAAGUCCUCACACCCGAGUAUUGCGGACAAUGACCAACCGAAAACGAAUGCAAGGGGCAGUCUAGUGCUCGUAGAGCAGGACGACAUGGAGGACCCUCACGACCUAUCCUUCUCUUCGAACCUUCCACCCCGCGCUUCCAUGGUUGAGAACAUGGCCUUGGCCCUUGACCAGUUCUCUUCCGGCAUGUUCGAUGUGACGCCACCAAGGCAUACCCCACGGUCCAACAGCUACGAUCAGCGGGUGGGCAGAGUACGUGGUCAUACUGUUACUUCUUCUACCUCCUCCGAUGGAGACAUUCGCGAUCUUCGUAGCAUGCUUGCACCCCAAAUCGCAUCCUCUCGAACCGUCAAGCGGGAUUCGGACAAGUACCAGAAGAACCUCAACAAGCUGCCUAGCAUCUUUGGAGAAGACGAAGACUCAGUGAGGGCCAAAGUGUACGACGCUCAGCGAGCUGGUCCGUCUAGACCGAAAGUGAGGCGGCCUACGAAGGGCAGUGCCAACAGUGCAACUUCGAGCAUAGACUUGGGUCAUCUCGCUGCAUAUCAAGGCAGACUAGGACACGCUGGUGAUCGACGGUCUCGUAGCUUCGACUUCGGAUCACAUCAACGUCCUGCUCGUUUCAAUCUCUCCGACGACAUGGGUAUCGCACCUACACCAGUCAUCGCUCCUGGUCCUGAAGCGCAAAAGAGCCCUAACAAGCCCACUCUAGCGCCGCCUGUAGCACGCAAGAACAGUGCUCGAUCAUCAAAGAGUGCGGCGACGAGAAAGCCUCGAGCUGGGACACUUGGAACUGCUACCGUCAAGAGUAAGACACCCGAUGCUCUUCCACCUAUGCCCGUGAGGCCAGGACAAUUUCAGGUGGUCACAGAUGCCAGAGCAUCGCCUCACGACACAUCACUUGGCCCGAGACCCGGAUUCUUUAGAAGAGUGUUCGGGUCUUCCAAGCCGGCGUCGCACAAUGAGAUCGCACAAACAUCAUCUGCACGCACUUCGCUAGACCUCAAUGCCCCUCAGAGCCUAUCUCAACGUCCUGAACCACUCUCUACAGAGUCGUCUGCGAACAAGGAAAAUCAGCCUGCUUUACAGAAAAAGACGUCGUCAUUCUUCCGGCGCAGAAAGCGCUCAAUCAACAAUCCUGCACCUCCACCUAUGCCGCUAACAUUGUCUUCGAACGGCGUUGCUCCACGUCAUGGUCAUCAGGACAGUCCUGAAAGUGCCAAAAAGACGGGUAGUUCGGGGGAGACUUUCUACACACCCGGCCUAGGAUCGCCGACUGUGGACGAGGAUGACAUGAAGACUCCUACGAAGGCGUCUCAUGUGUUGCGCAACACAGCAGCCCCAGCGUCUAAGCCGAAUGGCUUUUUGAGACCUCAUCACGAUUCAUUCUUGGCAGACUCGAGCGGCUCGGAGGGCAAUCCAUCUCCAUAUCUUCUACAGAACAAUAACAACAGCCAACUCAGCAACUCUUCGUCGAACAGGCUGACAGCAAGUGCCAAGAAUCAGUCCUCAAACUCUGUUACAGCAAUUCGACGUGUUGACACAACCGGCACUCAGGCGUCAGCGAGCUCUUUGGCAGGCGAAAGUGCAUCAGAGAGCCUACGGCAGAUCUCAUCCGAUAAGCUGAAUGGUACGAGUGAAGUGCGACGAACUGUCUCGAACACGUCUGCGCCAUUGGCAGCGUCCCCCAUCAGUGACUAUCGCUCGGCCCCUAGCACUCCUGUUCCCAUCGAGCUGGGCGGACCCGGACCUGAAGUGCAUGUAUCGCGACCAAGCAUCAGCUCGAAUCCUCAAGAGGCAGCUAGGGUCAAAGCUGAGAAGAUCUAUAACAAUGUGGAUGACGAUCUCGGGCAGGAUGCUGCAGCUGCCUGGUUGGGCGAUGCAGGACCUGAGCGGGAAGUCGUCCGGACCGCUUUCAUGGACCUAUUCGACUUCAAGCACUGCAACAUCUUGGCUUCUCUACGCAAGCUGUGCGAUCGUAUCGUGCUCCGAGGCGAAACUCAGCAGAUGGAUCGCUUGCUGUUCGCAUUCUCUCAUCGCUGGUGUGCUUGCAACGACACCCAUGGAUUCAAGUCGCUCGAUGUUGUGCACACCAUCUGCUACUCCAUCCUGCUACUCAAUACCGAUCUGCAUCUUGCUGAUAUUGGGUCCAAGAUGACGAAGGGACAAUUUGUGCGGAAUGCGCUGCCGACGAUCAGACACGUGGCUGGCGAACGCAAGGACCUUGCUCCUGGUGAUCUGCAGCGUAGCAACACUGAUGAUGACGGCCGUAGUGCUUCUGUUGACCAUGAUCAGACGGUGCGCCUGACCAAGAGACCUGUUGACAAGUUGACGCGAGAGGACUCCGGAGAUGUUGAUGCGUCCGUUGUUGGAGGUGCGCUCGUUGAUGCGCCAUACAAAGGUUCCGAACGUGGUUGGGACGCACAGAUCGAGGCUGUCUUGCGCACAUUCUAUGUGUCUAUAUCCCAGCAGCCCCUACCACUCUUCGGGUCCGAAGUCGAAGCCGUGCCAGCCCAGUCAAACAACAAUUUACUCAACUUAGGGUCCAGCAUGCUGCGCCGCACACCAAGCACGAUCAGUAAGGCACAUUCUGACCUGAGUCGGCCACGAAUGGGUCCUGAAAGCAAAUCCUUAGGUGCACGCUGGGCAGCUAAGGCUCGAUCGAGACCACGGCUACCAUCAGCUCCAGGAUUUGGAUCUAGUAGAACUAGUCUGGACGAGCAAUCAUCGGCAUGGAGUCCGUCCGUGUCCAGCACAUGGAGACUAUCAGUCCUCGAUCGCUUCGCCAAUGCACUGAGUCAAGCGAUUAUCCGUGAAGACCAGUUCGAGUUGAACUCCGACGAUGGUGGCAUGAAGACCGGUCCGCUGCUCGAGGAUGAGUCGCUCGAGUUGUGCGGAGCGCCCUGGGCUAAGGAGGGCAUUCUCAAGCACAAAUGCCAUCUUGAAGGUGUUGACAAGCGGUCCAAAGAUCGCAAUUGGAAUGAUUGCUUUGCUGUCAUUGAGCGAGGCUGGAUGCGCUUGUUCUCGUUCUCCAGCACGGCCAAAACACUUCGGUCAAAGGCCGGAAAGCAGAAGUCGAAUGGCGUGGUCGGUGGAGGCAACUGGCAGGACAACGCCGAAGAGGUGUGGAAAUUCAUGCUACGGCACGCCAUCGCCAGUGCACUACCGCCGCCAGGGUAUUCUAAGAGUCGACCUUACGUAUGGGCAUUGAGCUUACCGACUGGCGCUGUGCACUUGUUCUCUGUCGGCACGCCUGACAUUGUCAAGGAGUUCGUCUCAACCGCGAACUUCUGGAGUGCCCGACUUUCCAAAGAGCCUAUGGUGGGUGGGGUCAGCAACAUGGAAUACGGCUGGAGUGACAAUGUCGUCAACAGGGCAUUGAUACCGACCUCGGACUCGACCAAAAGCAUGAGCAUCAGCGGUUCACGGCCCAGCACACAACUUUCCAUGCGCAGCUCGAUCGACCACCAUGGUACCGUCCGAGCACGCAUGGCCGGCGAUCGUGCCUACAUCAACGAAUGGAAUCCGCCGCAACAGUCCAUGUUCGCGUCCCAGCUGCUGGAGGUGGACCAGCUCCGUGCCCUACAAGCAUACGUGCACAGCGUGGAAGAAGAGCUGCAGAAGCACAAUGAGCUCCGUGGAGCAAUGCAGCUGGCGUACUCGCCCAAGCAUAUCAAUGCGGGCAAGGCGAUGAACAAUUGGGAGCGGAAGAGCAGUUAUUUGCUGAGGGAGAUUGUGAAGUUUAGGACGUAUAUCGAUACGUUGCAGAACGCGCAGGUGACGAAGGAGCGGAUCUAUAAGAUGAGGAAGCAGGAGGAGGAGAAUCGCGAGACGGCGGAGGAUGUCAGGAAGUUGAUGGGGGAUGGGCCUUUGGAGUGA